AUGGCACAUGCCCAGCGUUGCGUGCAAGCGCCUCCACCCCCGGGAUCUUUUGAUGCCAUAGUCCUCGGGUCCGGAGUUUCAACAGCUGUUCCACAACUGGCCCAUGUUCUCCACGGAAGAUGUGAAUCCGCGAGUACGGCCGUCCGCAAGGACGGCCUUGCAGUUUGUCAGGAAGCUGCCGAGAACGCAGCCUCAAAGAACCGCCGCCUCAAUGUAUCCCUGCUUGUGCGCUACAGCCCUGAAGAUGGAAGCAGAGUUCGGCAUAUCAUGAUAGAUGCCGGAAAGACAAUGCGGCAGGCUGCCCUGGCCACGCUUCCCAUGUACGGCGUGAAGAGCAUUGAUGCUUUGCUACUGACACACGGCCAUGCAGAUGCAAUACUGGGCAUGGAUGACCUUCGGGACUUGCAGGUAACAGAAAAGGUCCUGGAUGAGAAGGGGCAGCACAUCGGAUAUCGGCUAGCCGAUGCCGCUGGACCCAUGCAAAUAAUCUCCAACAAGGCGACGCUUGAUCGGGUCCGGGAAGUUUUUCCAUACCUGCAUGAGCCUCCUGACUUGAUUCGACCGGGUGUGCUGCGGCGUCGUAUUGCCUACACUGAGUUUGUGGAAGUCUCUCACGACGAGGUGGCUAUCCAGAUCGAUGGCCUGCCUGUCACACUCUUUCCGGUCUGGCAUGGAGGCACUUAUGUCUCAUUAGGGUUUGCCUUCGGCGCUGAAGGCUCAAGCUAUCCUUUAGUGUACAUCUCAGAUGUCAAGGAUGUCCCACCAAACACUAUGAUCUGGCUGGAAGCUGUGGGGCAGCGUGGAAUAGAGGUGUUCAUCGUGGAUGCCUUGGCUCGACAGCCACACCCUACGCACAUGUCUCUCGAUGAAGCGUUGAACCUGGUUCGCAAACUGCGGCCGCAAAGGAGCUUCUUUGUCGGGAUGGACUCCUGUGCUAUCGGAGACCAUGAUGAGGUGAAUGAAGAACUCGCGGCUUUGAAGGCUUCAGAAGGUUUGGACGUACAGCUUGCUCACGACGGGUUGCAUCUGUCAAACUUUGUGGCAAUGCGCUCCGCUGAGAACAAGCGAGCUGGCAGCGUGCUCCCAUCCACGGAUGCGGCAAAGCACCCGCGUCGGAUGUGA